AUGACCUCUACGGAGCACAUCUACCCGGACAUAGACCCGCGGUUCUACCACGGAGAGCUCCGUCUGAGCCGGCUCAACAAGACAUACCGUCUGUGGCAGACCCCGCCGCGUGGCUACAUGUCUCACUGGAACCGGAACGGCGCGUUCUUCCGGGAUCACUUCGCCUGGCUAGCCGGAACGACGGUCUACCUCGUCGUCGUCCUGACCGCGAUGCAAGUCGGGCUAGCCACCGAGAGUCUUGGAGGCAACGACGCUUUCCAGUCUGCGUCGUACGGGUUCACCAUCUUCUCCAUUCUAGGCCCCCUCAUCUGCGCCGGGCUUAUCGUCCUGGUAUUCUUUUAUAUUUUUAUUCACAACUAG